AUGGUACAGGUGACAGAACUGAUGCCCAGCAAGGCUCAGUCCCUGGCCCUGAGCCUCCUGUUCAGGGGACCCCAGUCAGAGCAGCUGGGCACCAUCUACUUCUGCUCUCGGGGUCACGCCACCAUGGGUAACCAGAUGAGUGUUCCACAAAGAGUUGAAGACCAAGAGGACGACUUGGAGACGAUCACUGACCAGGUGGUGUCUGGAAACGAGUGCUCCCCCAAUGGGGUGCCCAGAGUCUUGUCCACUUGUACCAUCCAGCAUUGUGAUCAAGUUGAUUUGGGAAUAAGUAUCCGAGAGGAUAAUGCAGCCGGUUCUUCCCCCAAGACGGUGGAGAUAAGCAAUGUGGCAGAUGCCAACGGAAAGAAUCUUGGGAAAGAGGCCAGGCCCGAGGCACCAGCUGCUAAAUCUCGUUUUUUCCUGAGACUCUCGCCUCUUGUACCAGGACGUGCUGGAGACGAAGCCACAGAUUCAUCCGCUGGAUCAGGGCAGCUUGAUGUCAGCUGCAGUAAAGCCUCGGGGAACAAAGGCCCAAGUGAGAGCAUGGUGCUCCCUGCCGCAGCUGCAGCAGGGCCCGGCCCCAAUAAAAGCCCAGGGCAGGCCCCGGCUGAAGACGAAGCCACCGCUGCCUGUUGGGGACCGGAGCCUCUGCCCCUCGAGUCAGAGGGCGCAGUUCCUGCCAAGCGCAAAGACCCCAGCUUUUUCGACAGAGUUUUCAAACUGGACCAGGCACGGGAAAAGGCCCCAGGUGACCGCCAACCAGAAACCCAGCGCGCCCUGAGUCAAGAAAGUGCUGUUGAAAGCGCUGUGUCUUCCGGGCCGCCCCACCAUGUGCCAGCAGAGCAGGACCUAGUUGACAGCAAGGAAAAGGGAGGACAGGAAGUCAUACCUUUGAGCUCUUCUAUCCUGGAGGUCCCUGAAGAGCUGGACACUGAAAAGGAGAACCCCCAGACUACAAAUACAGCAGAAAAUAAUUCCAUCAUGAGCUUCUUUAAAACUCUGGUUUCAUCUAACAAAGCUGAAACAAAAAAAGAUCCUGAAGACAUGGGUGCGGAAAAGUCACCUCCCACUUCAGCUGACCCCAAGUCAGAAAAAGCCAACUUUACACCCCAGGAGACACAAGGGGCAGCCAAGAGUCCUAAAGGCUGCAACCCCUCCGGACCCUCGCCAUCUGCAGCAGCCAGUGAGACAGCAAAGGAAGGUGCCAAGGAGAAAACAGGACCCACCUCCAUGCCACUGGGCAAACUGUUUUGGAAAAAGUCAAUUAAAGAGGAUUCAGUCCCCACAGGUCCCGAGGAGAAUGCGGUGUAUGAAUCUCCAGUGGAGAUGAUAAAGUCUGAGGAAAUAGAAUCAGCCUUGCAAACAGUGGAUCUCAAUGAAGACGGAGAUGCUGUGCCUGAACCCGCGGAAGUAAAACCCAAACAAGAAGACAGCAAGCCAGCACGAAGCCCCCUGAUGAUGUUUUUCAGGCAAAUGUCAGUGAAAGGGGACGGAGGGAACACCGUCCCGGAAGGAAUCAAUGGGAAAGGAUCCGCCUGCCAAACAUCAGACUCCACAGAGAAGGUCCCCACACCACCAGAGCCGGAGCCAGCCACCAUUGGUCAGAAGGGCAAGGACGGCAACUCAAAGGACAAGAAAUCAGCAGCCGAGAUGAACAAGCAGAAAAGCAACAAGCCCGAAGCCAAAGAGCCAGCCCCAUGUGUGGAACAGGGCGCGGUGGAGGUCAGCUCUCUGCAGAGCGGGAGCAAGAGACCCGAGAAGCAAAGGCAGUCCUUCCGGGGUCUCCUGAAGGGCCUGGGAUCAAAGCGGAUGUUGGACGCCCAGGUGCAAACAGAUCCGGUCUCCAUUGGACCCAUUGGCAAAUCCAAGUAA